CUCGGAAAGUCCAUUUGACAUUCCCAGCGGCCUGAGCCAUGCCCGAGCUGUUCACGGAGGCAGAUCAACAAUCAGCGCCGAACCCGCUGAACCCGCUGAACCCGCUGAACCCAAAGGUGUCUGUCUCCCUCGCCAUAAUACAUUCUGGCUAGUUAGUUGCGGGCGCUCUGGCUAAACACCAAGGAUCGAGCGAACCACUCUUGCAUGACCUCAGGCGCGAUCUUCAUCGAUCAUCGAUCAUCCAGGCCGAGCCAAGAACGCCCAUGGGCUCGUGCUAGUGCGCUCAUCGCCCCCCCAUUGCUCUGCCUUGGGCCCCUGUCACUCUGAAUUGGGUCCACCCCGGUCCCCCGGUCUGGCCUCUUCCCCGCAGCCAUAACCACGGCUUUAUCCGCACAAUCCCUGACCGACCCACCCACCGAUUGGAAUAUCGAUGGAUGGCGACACAGUUUGAUAGAAAAGUAGAUACUGGGGAGAGCGUCCAUUCGUGGGUAACGGACCCGCCUAGCUGGCUAGCGGGCUCACGUCAUGGACGAGUCCGAAUCCGAGUCCGGACCAGGACUGCGUCCGACCGAGCGCUCCCCUGCCGCCAUUCUGGCUUGUUCAUACACCCCGUCCGGCCUUGACCCGCCCGCCGGACCCGCCGGACCCGCCGGACCCGCCGGACUCCAUUCGGAUCCACCGGAGUUCACCUUUGAGACGGAUCACGAGGCGCUCCGCGGGAAUCCCGACUAUCGAGCCUUGUUGCAAACCUUGAGCCGGCUCCAAUCGCAAAAGCAGCAAGCCGUCCUGGACAUUGACGCGCUCUUGACGGCCCGUGAUCAAGCCCUGGCCGCGCCCCUGGCCUUAGUCGAGCGGCUCCAAUCGGGUCAGGGGCUGCAUUUACCCGGGGCGCAAGUCCUAGCCCGCCUGCCCGAUAUCGAUUGGGAAAAAUACCAAGUCAGCGAGCCGGCCCUCAAGAAACCCGAGACGCGGCCCAGCAAAAGCGAACGCGGCGCCAGUGGUCCGGCCGCCGAACGAGGCACGCCGCCCGGCCUAGUGGUGCGGGGUCGCGUCUUCGAGGACCACAAACCUCGCACAUUUAACCAACCGUGGACGGCCGAAGAGCAACGCCGCUUGGAAGAACUGCUCCACCAGUAUCCGUCCGAAGACGUGGAAAUGGAACGUUGGAAGAAGAUCGCGCAAGCCCUAGGCAAUCGCACGGCCAUUCAAGUCCAAAGCCGGACACAGAAAUACUUCCAGAAACUCCAAAAAGCCGGUCUGCCCAUCCCAGGCAAGGGCGGUCAACCUCGCUAUCGUUAUGUGGGCAAAUCCCGCUCGGGACGAAAGAAAUUCAAUCUCAUCCAACAAAAGAACUCGACCUUCUUCCCCAAUUUGGCGCCUAGUGUCAAAAUGAAUGAAGACGAGGACGAAGACGACGGACCGGCUUACUUGCCGCCCCCGGCCGACCCCCUUCCCGGUGAGCGCGAUUGGACCCCACCCGGAACGCCCGCCGGACCAAUCGGCGCGGCCGCUCAACCGGCCAUUCGAAACGACUUGUACUACCUCGAAGACGAAGACGUGUCGGAUGAGGAGGGCCUGUCGGCGGCCAUUCGGAACUCGUCCGCCUAUCAGGAGUUAUUGUGGCUCAAGCGCAUACGUCGUGAAAAAGAACUGGAACAACAGAACGGCCAGCCCUGGGUUCACCUGGGAUUCCGAUGUGAUGGCUGCGACAUUGAGCCCAUUGUGGGGGCCCGAUUCCAGUGUGCUCAAUGUGUUCGUCCCGAUACGGUGGAUUUCUGCUCGGAAUGCGCGCCCAAGGGGUUGGAAGUGGGCAAACACACACGGGAUCACCCGCUCAAGCCCGUGCGGAAGAAGUUCAAAAAGUCCUUUGUGGAUAAGGAGUACAGCUCGACGGCCGCCAAGAAUUAUUUGGACCCCAAUUUCUCGCAUUAAACAGCGCUUCACAUGUUCCCCGACAGCCUUGUAUUCAAAUGUUCAAACUCUGUUAUUUUUUUCACUCUUUUAGA